GUGACCACAGGAAUUCGUAACCCAGCGAUUGACGCAAACCCACAUAAUGAAACAUAGCCAGCUCACAUUUUCGAAACAAAUUACUCCCCCAGUGGAAAGUGUGAGUUGUAUUUUUUGUUGUUGCAGAAGAGGUGGACAUGAGUGAGACAGGUAAAUUCGUGUAAGGUGGAUUAAAAAAAAACCUUCUUCAGACAAAUUAGUGUAGGUAGGUUAUUUGUAAAGAACCCCCACUUUCUGAUACGUAAACUGGGAAAUUCCGUUGUACCAUGAAGGUCGCUUAUAAGGCGGGAACUGUAGUGCCUUGUAUUGGAUUGUGCUCGACAAUUCGCUGUGGUUUAGUGCUAGGCUGUGACUUUUCCGAAGGAAUGAUGCAGAGAUGCUUCGGAAUAGUGGCUCUGGUCUGGCUUCUCAGUGUAGCUGGGAUCGUAGCGUCAGAAACCGCUCAGCAGCCCAGUUGGAUAUCCUGUCGAAUUCUUUCCAGGAAUCUCACUUCAAAGGUUUCUAAUUAUACACACAAACCGGAGGGCUGUUCGGAAAAUCUUCAGCUGAAUGGCAGUGACAAUAUCCCACGCAUAGAAAUCAGUGACAACUGUGACCCCAACACACUCAGGACUGUGCCGGAGACCUGCCUGAAGAAAAUAAAGGAAGGCUUGUUAUAUUACCACAAUCAGUUUAACCAACUGGGUAAAGUGAGAGCAUCAAAACACAGUGACAUUCGGACAUUUGCGGAUAAUCUUUCAAAAAUUUCCUUGGAUCUCCUAAAGUCAAUCAAGAUCUCGGACGACAGCACCGAUGCCACAGACUACAAGGUCACAGACAACAGUGCCGCAGACGAGCUUCAGAUCAAUGAUUGGAUUUUGGACUGCACAAUGUUUGUUACUCUACGGAGAUUUCAAUCAUUCUCAUCUUUGGUGGCUCGUGUCUUCGGCCAUCCAUCAGGAAACCCUUCAAAUCACCAUAGUACAUAGAAACAUAGAAAAUAGGUGCAGGAGUAGGCCAUUCGGCCCUUCGAGUCUGCACCGCCAUUCAAUAUGAUCAUGGCUGAUCAUCCAACUCGGUAUCCUGUACCUGCCUUCUCUCCAUACCCCCUGAUCCCUUUAACCACAAGGGCCACAUCUAACUCCCUCUUAAAUAUAGCCAAUGAACGGGCCUCAACUACCUUCUGUGGCAGAUAAUUCCAGAGAUUCACCACUCUCUGUGUGAAAAAUGUUUUCCUCAUCUCGGUCCUAAAAGAUUUCCCCCUUAUCCUUAAACUGUGACCCCUUGUUCUGGACUUCCCCAACAUCGGGAACAAUCUUCCUGCAUCUAGCCUGUCCAACCCCUUAAGAAUUUUGUAAGUUUCUAUAAGAUCCCCCCUCAAUCUUCUAAAUUCUAGCAAGUACAAACCGAGUCUAUCCAGUCUUUCUUCAUAUGAAAGUCCUGACAUCCCAGGAAUCAGUCUGGUGAACCUUCUCUGUACUCCCUCUAUGGCAAGAAUGUCUUUCCUCAGAUUAGGAGACCAAAACUGUACGGAAUACUCCAGGUGUGGUCUCACCAAGACCCUGUACAACUGCAGUAGAACCUCCCGGCUUCCUAUACUCAAAUCCUUUUGCUAUGAAUGCUAACAUACCAUUCGCCUUCUUCACAGCCUGCUGCACCUGCAUGCCUACUUUUAAUGACUGGUGUACCAUGACACCCAGGUCUCGUUGCAUCUCCCCCUUUCCUAAUCAGCGACCAUUCAGAUAAUAGUCUACUUUCCUGUUUUUGCCACCAAAGUGGAUAACCUCACAUUUAUCCACAUUAUACUGCAUAUGCCAUGCAUUUGCCCACUCACCCAGCCUAUCCAAGUCACCUUGCAGCCUCCUUGCAUCCUCCUCACAGCUAACACUGCCCCCCAGCUUCAUGUCAUCCGCAAACUUGGAGAUGUUGCAUUCAAUUCCCUCGUCCAAAUCAUUAAUAUAUAUCGUAAAUAUGGGGUCCCAGCACUGAGCCUUGCGGUACCCCACUAGUCACUGCCUGCCAUUGUGAAAAGGACCCGUUUACUCCUACUCUUUGCUUCCUGUCUGCCGGCCAAUUCUCUAUCCACAUCAAUACUGAACCCCCAAUACCGUGUGCUUUAAGUUUGUGUAGUAAUCUCUUAUGUGGGAUCUUGUCGAAAGCCUUCUGGAAGUC